UAUCCUUGUGUCCCCGCUUAGGGGAAGCCUCUGGAAGCGAGUCAGAUGUGGCUUAGCUCUGGCUAGGACUGUGUCUUUUCCAUCUUCUGCAGCUCUCUGUCCCCUCCAGAUUCCGGAUUUAAAGUCGGAAGCCUCCUUGGAGAAAGCCAUGUAGCUGAAGUCUUAUUUUACAGACUCGGAUGAGGCGCCCCAGAGAGGGAAGUGAUUUAACAUCUAGAAGGAAGCGGAAUCGGGAUUCGAACCCGAGGCCCGCUGCCUCCUCCCCGGCCUUGCUGUUCUCCGGGUUCCAGCUGGAUUUGGACGGCGUCUGAGGAGUGGAGAUGGCGCAGGAAACACCAGACUCCUUGUUCUGAAAUUUCCAGUCAGUACUUCCCCUUGGCCUUUGGCCUAGAAGAAUGUGUGAAAGUAGGGGAAUGCCCCUCCUGCCCCUCUCCGCAAACUUGGGACUCGGCAUCGGAGAGGCCAUGAAAAGUUACCCGGGACCGAGAGGAGGAGGAGAAAGUGGGCGCUCUCUUCUUCGCCUCCCCGUCUCCCUCUAACUCUUUCUCUCUGUCCCUGUCUGUCUGUCUGUCCCCCUCCACCGCCCCCCUCUCCCGGCUGCACUUCGGAUGCCCGGCUGCGCGUGAGGAGGGAGGGGACCCGGGCCGUCGCGUCCUUCCUUCCUGCCCCGGCCCAGCGCUGCCUCUCCUGCCCACGCUCUGUCCACCCCGGUCCACGCCGGUAGGAGCCAUUCAGAAAGGGCGGAGCGACGACGGACCAGGAUCCCGCUCUCCUGCGCGCAGCCCCAGCCGCCUCCCGUAUCGCGUAUCCAGCCAACCUGUAGCCGGGGCCAGCGCUCCUGUGCAGCCCAGCUCGCCGAACGGAGCGCGUCUGCCUAAUCCAGACCUAAGGAGCGUCCUGGGGCCGUGGGCUGAGCCCCUGGACAAUGAGACAUGUCAGGUGGACAGUGUGGAUCAUGUGGACCAUAAUUGGUCUCUCAGAAGGAGGUGCGCCUAAACAGACUUCUCUGUCAUGUGAUUCUGCUGGUGUCUGUGAUGGCCAUUCCAGGUCUUUGGGGACCAUUCCUUCAAGUCUGACAGAGACUGUGAAACAGUUAGACCUGUCCUUCAAUAAGAUCUCAUACAUCAAAGAAACAGACCUUCAGAUCUGUAUCAACCUACAAGUUUUGCUGUUACAAUCCAACCAAAUUAGUGCAAUAGAUCCAAAUGCCUUUCGAUCCCUGGAAAAUCUGAAACAUCUGGACUUAUCUAACAAUACUUUGCUUCACUUGUCACCCUCCUGGUUUAAUUCUCUCUCUUCCUUGCGCGUUCUACACUUGCAGGAUAAUCCUUACCCACGGCUCGUGCAAGGUCUUUUUUUUCAGCUCUCCAGUUUGAGGAUUCUCAAAGUGGGGAACAAUAACAGCUUCUCUGAACUUCAGAAACAAGACUUUGAAGGGCUGAGCAUGGUGGAGGACCUUGAGAUUGAAGCAGACUACCUGAAAAAAUAUGAGCCAGGAAGUUUGAAGUUUAUUCACAAUAUAAGUCAUCUGACUCUCAGCAUCAAGAGGUCAAUUUUACUAGUUGAUAUCAUGGUUGACCUUGCAGAUUGUUUGCAGCAUUUGGAAUUGAGAAAUACUGAUCUGGAAACAUUCCAUUUUUCACUGCCUUCUAGUGUUUCCAAUGCACUUAUUGAGAAGAUUACAUUUAGAGAGGCACAAUUCACGGAUAUUAGUUUUAUGGAAAUUCUUAAAAUGUAUACCUUUGUUUCUGAGUUGUUAGAGAUUGUGUUUGAGGACUGUGAACUUAGUGGAAUUGGAAACUGGGAUGAUGAGUUCUUAAGUGAAAUUAAUGAUCGUGGAAAACUUGAAGCAAUCACCGUACAGAGGCUACGAAUUAGAAGCUUUUUCUUAUUUUCUGAUAUGAGAACUGUGUAUCCACUAUUAGGAGGAAUCAAGAGAAUCACCCUCACAAGUAGCAAAGUUUUCCUUGUCCCUUGUGACCUCUCGAGAAAUCUGAAAUCCCUCGAGUAUUUUGACCUCAGUGACAGUUUGAUGAGUGAAAAUGCUCUAGAAAAUUCAGCUUGUGACGGGGCUUGGCCCACUCUGCACACCUUAAAUUUGAGUCAAAAUAAAUUCACAUCUCUGGAAACAGUGGGAGAAAUCUUGCAGACUGUGGAAACUCUGACUCACCUUGAUCUUAGCAAAAAUAGCUUUGAUUCUAUGCCCGACAGGUGUCAGUGGCCAAGGAAGUUGAAAUAUUUGAACAUCUCCAGAACAAAAACCUAUAUGGUAACUUCCUGUAUUCCCCAGACCCUGGAAAUCUUAGACAUCAGUAAUAACCAGCUCAGUGAUUUUCACUUAAAUCUGCCCCAUCUUAAAGAGCUUGAUCUUUCUGGAAAUAAGCUAAAGACUCUACCAGAUGCUGCUAAUUUCCCCAACUUGGUGGUAAUGAACAUCAGUCAGAACACAGUGCAUUCUUUCUCUAAGGCACAACUUGAAUCCUUUCAGAUGAUGGAAAGUUUGGCAGCUGGAGGCAACAACUUCAUUUGUUCUUGUGAAUUUCUGUCUUUUGUCCACAAAGAAGGAGUCCUGCUGGCUCAAAUCCUGACAGAUUGGCCAGAAAGCUACCUUUGUGAUUCUCCAUUUCAGGUAAGGGGCAAACGAGUUCAGGACAUUCAACUUUCCUUCUCUGAAUGCUACCGAGUGCAGCUGGUGUCUGCGAUCUGUUCUUCCCUCUUCCUGCUUGUCUUGGUGGCUGGGGUUCUGUGCUACCGGUUUCAUGGCAUCUGGUACCUAAAAAUGAUGUGGGCCUGGCUCCAGGCCAAGAGAAAGCCCAGGAAAAUUAUAGACGGGGAGAUUUGUUAUGAUGCUUUUGUUUCCUACAGUGAAGGAGACUCUUACUGGGUUGAGAACUUCAUGGUCCAAGAACUGGAGAAUUUUGACCCCCCUUUCCGAUUGUGUCUCCACAAACGGGACUUUGUUCCUGGCAAGUGGAUCAUUGACAACAUCAUCGACUCCAUUGACAAGAGUUACAAAACGCUUUUUGUGCUUUCAGAAAGCUUUGUCAAGAGCGAGUGGUGUAAAUAUGAGUUGGAUUUCUCCCACUUUCGCCUCUUUGAUGAGAAUAAUGAUGCAGCUAUUCUGAUCCUCCUGGAGCCCAUUGAAAAGAAGGCCAUUCCCCAGAGGUUCUGCAAGCUUCGGAAGAUCAUGAACACCAAGACUUACCUGGAGUGGCCCAGGGAUGAAGCUCAGCAAAAGGCAUUUUGGUUCAAUUUGAGAGCUGCUAUAAAGUCAUAGACACAUUUAAUAGGGCUCAAAACUCAGCUCUAUUAUUCCUUAGCUUGAAGGAAAUAGUAUAUAUAUCCCCCCCUAUUUUUCUGAACAAAGACUAAAUUCUUUGGGACUUUGAAAGCCUAAGGGAUUUUGUGUUGAUCUUAUAAGAUUGCUUGUACACAUCCAGAGUGCUGCCUAGGUCACUUGAUUUCCUGAUAUGAAUCAUGAUCAAUAUUAUUAUUAUUAUUAUUUAAUCUGCCUAAGAUUGCCUAAGUUGAUUAGACUACUGACAAUAUUCCAAUCCAAGAACCCAGGGUUCUUACAUUAAAAAAAAAUAGUAUUAAUCACUCCAUUUUGGGCUUUAUCCAAUGUUUUAUAAAGUUAUAUCUCAAACUCAAUUGAUUUUAAGUCACAAAGAUUACUCAUUCUCCCAACUGUCAUCCAACUUAAGGAAUGUCUCCAAAACUACCUCUUCAUUCUUACCUCAGAAUUUCUUGAUUCCAUGCAGCAAUAAGAAAUCAAGCCCCUUAAACCCUUCAUCUUGAUUUUUACUCCUUUCAAGUUGUAUGUUAACUUGUAGAAACCAAUGGUCUUGUUUCUUAUGCUACAGAGAACCUGGAUCCAAUUUGUUUCUGCAACCACAUAUCUUGCUAAAUAAAUCAUUUGUCUAGAUGAUA